ACAUUUAAACAUCGCUAAGAACGACGCUAGUCAAAAAAACAACAGAAACAAAAUAAAAUAGUAAUAAUGGUUACAAGAGUUUGUAGUUACAAGAACUGUGAGAAUUACUAUCUUGUAAACGACAGCACCUCAACAACAGUCUUCGCUCCACCCAAGCAACCUGAGCGUGCCGAAAUCUGGCGCAAAAAUGGACAUGUUCACCCAAAGAUUCCGCCCCACAAAAUGUUCAUGUGCUUCGAACACUUUGAUACGAAAUAUAUAUCUUCGAACAAGAAUCGUAAGAUACUAUUAGGCGAGGCGGUGCCGUAUCCCUACGAAGGUUCACCUGAGCCGGAGGAGGAGGAGGAGGAGGCUCUUGAACAAGUGGCGUCCACAUCCUCGCAUGAGAGUUACCUUAUAAAUCUGAUGGACAGCGAUGAGUUGAGCAUCAACAAUGUUGAGUCCACCACAGGCAAUUCCAAGCGCAUGGCAACAAAGCCCAGGACUUAUAAGAAUGGGAUUGAAAUUAGUCUUGUGCCGCCUUGCAACAAACGCUCGAGAACGAUCUCCACGGAAGACACUAUUGAGGUAAUACAACUUUGCGAGCCCACUACAAAGCAGGAGGCAGCUGCACCCGAAGACCAGGCAAUAGACGCCACAGAGGUCUCUACAUUCAUCUUCAAAGGCGAAGAAUAUGUUCAAAUGUCCAAGGCCUAUUAUAUGCGCGAAAAGCGAGAAAUUGAAGAGCAGCUGAAGCAAUAUAAGACCAUCCUCAGGAAUAUUAAAGAAUAUUUCCAAGAUGAAUCCCUAGACAUAUAAAGUGAUUUUUGUAUGUUUAAUCCAUGUGCCACCAAAACCCAUUAGAAAGGAGAAGGCACGUUGUGAGACGCUUCGUGCGCGUCACAACUUUUAUACCCGGUACUCUGUUAUUAAUAGGAAUUUAAUAAUAUAAUAGUUAGUUAAAUAGUAAUCUAAAUAUGUAUGUAUGUACAUUGAUAUGUAUGGCUGGCAGAAAUAACAAUUUUGGUAGCAACAAA